UAGUUUUAAAGUAGUUAUUAGUAAAAUAAUUAAGUAUUGAACAACAUUCGUUUUUUCUAAAAACUUAACAUUUAUCAGUGAAUAUUUUUUUUAAGGUUAAUUUUAUAAAAUAUGCAUAACAGACUAAAAGUACGUACAACUGAAGCACAAAAAGCCGCUGCAGAUCGAGAAAAAGAAAAAAAACUUCAAUUAUAUCGAAAUACUAUCAAUGAUGUAUUUGAGCGCCGAUCUCGUAAUGAAUAUGAUGUUUUAGCAUUGAAAUCAUCUGAAGGACUAUUACGAUCCAAUCCUGAUAUUGUUACUAUAUGGAAUUAUAGAAAAGAAAUAUUACUACAUCUGAAACCAUCUGAAGAAAUAAUUAAUGAUGAACUUUAUUUAACUGAAAAAUGUUUACAAGUAAAUCCAAAAUCUUAUUCAGCAUGGUAUCACCGAAAUUGGCUACUAGAUAAUGUAGAUCCUAGUCCAGAUUGGAAUAAAGAAUUGCAACUAUGUACAAAGUAUUUGAAAAUAGAUGAACGAAAUUUUCAUUGCUGGGAUUACCGACAAAUUGUUGCAUCUAAGUGUCAAGAACCAAAUGAAAAUGAAUUGAAAUUUACUAUGGAAAUGAUUGAGUCAAAUUUUUCAAAUUAUUCUGCAUGGCAUUAUCGAUCAAAACUUUUUAGUGCUGCAGGAAAAGAUGAAGAAUCUACCAAAAUUUCAGAAUUAUCAUUGGUGGAAAGCGCAGCAUUUACUGAUCCUUCAGAUCAAAGUGCUUGGAUAUAUCAGAGAUGGCUUAUAGGAAAACUAGAACCAUCCAAGUUUAUAUACAAAGUUUCUCGAAUAAAAAAUAAAAUUUAUCUCAUACUAAACAGAAAAUUACCGAAUAAUUAUAAAAUUAUUGGAUUAGGAGAAACAAAUUGGGAACAAUUCGAUUCAAAAAUUUGGUAUAAAAAACUAGACAAUAUCGACAGUUCCAAAAUACAGAUUAUUGAUGAAGUAAACCAAGUAAUAGAUAAUCUAUCAAUAGAUAAUGUUCAACAAAAUAUAUUUAAUCUUAAUAUUAGUGAACAGCUUCGACUUGUUUUAAAUGGACAAUUAGACAGUUUACAUCAACUGUUAGAUAUGGAGCCAGAAAGCAAAUGGGCUUUACUAACUUAUGUGUUACUUCUUUACACAUUAAAACCAAACAAUUAUUUUAAAAAUUGUCUUAAAAACAUCAAAUUAUUAAAAGAAUUAGAUUCAAAAAGGAAAAAUUACUAUCACGACCUCGAAAGCCGUUACCAAAUUGAACAUUGGAUUGCUAACAAUAAUAACAAUAAUAUGGAUAGUGUUAAUUUGAAAGGAUAUGGAUUAACAGCGUUUUAUCAUAUGCACAUGUUUCUAUUUAACAAAAAUAUUGAUUUGAGUGAUAAUGAUUUAUCCCACACCAAUUUAAAUCAUUUAAAAAAUUUAAUUAUGUGUGAACAAUUAUCACUGAAGAAUUGUAAACUAGAGAACUUGGAUAAUUUUCCUGCUCUGAAUAAUCUAGAAGUUUUGGAUCUGAGAGAAAAUAAAAUUCAAGAAAUUUCGUACAAAGAGCUAACAAAAUGUAAAUCACUUAAAAAAAUUAUCCUUGAUAAAAAACAAAUAGCUCUUGAUAAAAUAUUAGAAUGUAUCAAUCAGUCUACUAAUAUUGAAAUUUUGUGAUUGUUAAGUAUAAUUAGUUAAGACUACUAAGUACAUAUAUGGCCAUUAAAAUUAUAUGCUUAUUAUUGCUAUUUUAUCUUAUUCAUAAUAUGAUUUAAUUUGUAUUAACAUUAUAAGCGUACAUUAUGGGGUUGGGGGUUGGGUAGAUGCCUAUAACGCCUAAAGUAUAAUGAAUAGUGUUGAUUGAGAUUUCUAGCUCCUCCCAGAUUUUUAACCAAAUUUUAUUAUGUCCAUGAAUAACAUCUUAGAAUAUAUUAGUUUAUACAAAUACAUAAAACUUUAUAAUUUUAUAAAUAAAAAAUAUUUUAUUUUUAUCAA